CUAGCGACGAAGCAGGCGGGAUAUUUGGUGCGCGCGGGCGGUGUGAACAAUCAGCCUGCAGCGAUCGAGCAAAAGCCAGCAUCAGCGAGCAACUCGGCGACGUCGGCGUCGCCAGGGGAGCCCGGGCAGAGAAGCACCUGCCCUCUGCAUCUGGAACCCCGCGCGGGCUCCGCCGGCCGCGGCCCGUGCCGCGACGACUCGGCACGCGCUAGCCAGCUAUAGGUAGCUGUUUCCCUUCCCGCCACUAUCCUGCCGCCCGGGCUCGCGUGGCGGAUGAUGAUUCCUAGAGAGCCACGGCGGCCGGAGCACCCUUCCUCCUCCUGACCCCGAGCUGCCCCGCCCAUCGCAGCGGGCGGCUCUGCCCUCCGCCGCAGCGUCUGUGUCCAGACUGGAGGAUGGAGACUCCGCAAGUCGAGAUGGGCGGUUUCAAGGUCAACAGCCCGCAAGUGCCCAACGGUGGCUUGCGGCCCACCGUGUCUUCGUCCUGGAACUCGCAAGGGACGGUCGAGAGGGCGCUCAGGAGCAUCAGGAUCGUCAUUUUUACUUCCAAGCUCAACUUGCUCAUGCCGUUCGGACCUGCCUCCAUCAUUCUCCACUUCACGACUAGGAGACAUGGAUUGGUUUUUCUUUUCAGCAUGCUAGGAAUUAUGCCUUUAGCUGAGCGAUUGGGAUAUGCAACUGAGCAGCUUGCAGUAUACACUGGUCCAACAGUUGGUGGCCUUCUGAAUGCUACAUUUGGAAAUGCAACUGAAAUGAUCAUUGCAAUAUAUGCUUUGAAAAAUGGAAUGAUCCGAGUAGUGCAGCAGUCACUAUUGGGUUCCAUUUUGUCAAAUAUGCUGUUGGUUAUGGGCUGUGCUUUCUUUGCUGGUGGUAUUGUUCAUCGCAACAAAGACCAAGUCUUCAGUAAGGCAACUGCAGCUGUCAACUCAGGUUUACUGUUGAUGGCUGUCAUGGGAUUGAUGUUUCCUGCCGUUCUCCAUUUCACUCAUUCAGAAGUGCGGCAAGGAGCAUCAGAGGUUGCUCUUUCAAGAUUCAGUAGCUGUAUUAUGCUUGUGGCGUAUGCAAGCUACCUCUAUUUCCAAUUAAGUGGACGGAGCAACAUUUACAGUCCAAUAGGCAGUGAAGAGGCGCCUAGCGAGGAUAACCCGGAAGAAGAUGAAGAAGCUGAGAUUGGCAUGUGGGAGGCAGUAACAUGGCUUGCGGUGUUAACAUUCUGGGUGUCUUUUCUUUCUGAGUACCUAGUUAACGCCAUUGAGGGAGCAUCUGAUUCAUUGAACCUACCGGUGGCUUUUAUCAGUGUUAUUUUGCUUCCUAUUGUGGGCAAUGCAGCUGAACAUGCAAGCGCAAUAAUGUUUGCCAUGAAAGAUAAGCUUGACAUAACACUUGGUGUUGCAAUUGGUUCAUCAACACAGAUAUCAAUGUUUGUGAUUCCAUUUUGUGUUGUUAUUGGUUGGACGAUGGGACAAAAGAUGGACUUGAAUUUUCAGCUAUUUGAGACAGCAACUCUCUUCAUAACAGUACUUGUGGUGGCAUUUAUGUUACAGGAUGGCACUGCGAACUACUUGAAAGGACUUAUGCUGAUCCUAUGUUAUCUAAUAGUUGCUGCCAGUUUCUUUGUUCACGUUGAUCCACAAUCAAGUGAAGGCUGAAGCCAUAUAUCCUGUAAGUAACGCGCCAAAUACCUUUUGAGACUUAAUAAUCUUGUUUUGUUCCGCCUGUCUCAAGCCGGGUUCCUUCAUGAACUGCAGAAGGAAUUUUUGUAUUUUGUUUUGUGGAUACUGAUGUGUACUAGGGUAGUCUCGAUGUAUACAGAAACAAGAAGUGGCAGCAUGUUAUAUUCGAUUAAUUGUAUGGGUUUUCUGUUUUCCUUGAAAUUUAACUAUUGGGCUGAAUGUAAAUUUGGGUAUAUGAUUUGAUGAUGAC